AUGGACCCUACUUCCGUAUCUCUGGUGGGUACCCUUCCAGGCAUCCCUGCUGUCCAGCCCUCCGUCUCUGCCACCUCCGUUCCGCCUGUUGCUCCCUCAUCGGCAUCCGCUGCGUCCUCAUCCUCAUCGGGCAGCACUGCUCUCUUCAUCGCCGAAAUCCCGCUCGAGGUCACCGAGGCUGAGUUCCGUUCAACCUUCUCCAGCGAGCCCGGCUACAUCUCUGCUCGCCUGCGCAGGGAUCGCAACGAAAACACCGUGGGGUUCGUUGAGUUCAGUGACCAUAAGUCGGCCGCUGAAGCGCGCGAGCAGUUCAACAACUUCAAGUUCUCCCACAACGAUGACCACGGCAUCACGAUCCACUUUGCCCAUGAGCACUCACGCAACAAGCACCGCGAGCGUGAUGAUGGCAAGCACUAUGGCAGCCAGCACUACGACCAGCCCAGCUCAUCGCGUAAAGGCUACAACAAUGGCGGCUAUCGCCAUGACGGCUACGGCAGCAUGCGCGCUGCUGAUGUGAACAGCCGCGUGAGCCUCACGUCGGGUCUGCCCUUGGUCCCGAUGGGCGUGUCUCCCAUGAUGCCUGGACCCACCAGCCUUGACAUGUCCGGCAUGCAGUUCUAUUCCACCGUGGCGCCCAAUGCCCAGUUCGCUUCCUAUGUCCAACCGCAAGCGUACUCGCCGCAGCUGUCGCCUGACGCCGCGCCUACGCUCUACGUGGAGGGUCUGCCUCUUGACGCCACCGAGCGCGAGGUUGCCCACAUCUUCCGUCAGAUGCCCGGCUACCUCGGCAUCCGCAUCAAGCCCAAGGAGUCCAAGCAGCAUCCCUCCAGGGUGUUCAACCUGUGCUGGGUCGAGUUUGAGACCAAGUACAAUGCUGCCGUUGCCCUGCACCACCUGAAGGGUUACAAGAUGGACAAGAACGAUACCAAGGGUCUCACCAUCUCCUACGCCAAGACCACCCGCAAGGAGCGCCGUGGUCCUUCCAUUCAUGGCCUCAACGUCAUGCCGCUCGACAAGUCCCUCUAA